GCCAAUCAGCAGGCUCCUUGCAGUUCAAAGUUCGAAGCAGCGGUCGCCCCAGAAUGCUUCACAUCCAAUGGGAUCAACUUUACCGGGAUCCUUUUUAUCAUCAGCGGAAACAUGUCAGGGGCGAUCCCGGCAGGGCAUACCUACUCCAGUUUUCUCAAGCUUGUCUGCAGUCCGGAGAGCCAGGAUAAAAUGAUACCCUGUGUGCUGUCAAACAUGAACAAGCACAACACCACACAGUGCAGCCCAGCCGACAGUAACUUGUUGUAUGGCAGGGGCGGGCAGUUGUUGGCAUUCUUGGAGUCCAUUUGUGGCCAGCCAUGUGAGCAGGUGGCAACACAAAGUGUGGUCCAAUGCUUCUCUGUAACUGGCUCACAUCCAGAGCGCUUCCUUAGCCAGAACGCUUCGAUUACUGAUGACAGGUAUUCGAUUAUUGGCGGGAAUCAAACGGAAGUGGACAGUUUUUGCAAAAAUCGCCAGAAACUGUUUUCCUGCCUGAGUCCUCUCUCUUUGACAUGUCCCGGGCUACUGCAGAGGAUGUAUUCUCUUGGAGUUGACCUCCAGGCAAUGGAGAUGGCGACUGGGUUCUUGUGCAACGAUCAGCAAAAGUACCUCAGAGGUCUGCAGUGCUUUAAUAAGCAGUCCCCAGAGAUUGCCCAGUGUGCCCAGACUACAGCGUCGAGUAUGCGAGCUGCCUUCACUGGGAGAUACCAGACGGGGACCAUCCCUCCGUCUAAAUAUCAGGACAGCCUCUGCAAAACGAAAAUCUCACAGAUUACCUGUGCGCUAGCCGCCUACGGAAAAUCGUGUGACGCCGACGUGAUGCCUCUCCGGGCCACUGUGGAGUGCACCAUGUUGCCGAAACCGUGCAAGGAAAACACCCAGACGGAAUACAACAGCGUCUGUGAUAAGGUGACGACGCCAUCCCCGGCUGAGACGAUUCGACCCACGCAAGGAAAGCCAGGAAUGAUUCCAGUCGAUGGCGGAUCCUCCUCCAACUCCAACUUUCAAAGUGUUCGGAGCAGCACCAACGCAGCAGACAUUGUCGGCUUCUUUUUGGCGACGCCCCUGAUACUCGCUUCUGUGUUAGCUUUACUUUAG